AAUGUCUUUUUUCACACAUAGCACUAAUAUUUAAGGAACAAUAAACAAUUAAAAUAAUGAAUACACUUGAAUUAGAAAAUAUUAACAAUAACUUAAACACGACUUCGGGUUCUCAUAUUGGCGUCUGUAGAACUUGCCUGUCGAUAGCAACUGAAAAAAAUAUGAGUGAUUUACCUGAUGGUUUAUGCGAGGAUACUAAAUCUUAUCUCGAUAUUAUGAUGUUUUGCUUAAAUUUACAGAUCACACCAGAUUCAAAAAUCACAACAAAACUUUGUUUUAAAUGUUAUUCAAACAUUAUAUCAUAUUAUAGAUUUAAGUCAUUAGCAUUAAAGAGCGAUAAAUACUUAAGAUCUCUUGACCAAAAUAUAGAUAGCAAAAAUGGUGUUUUUGUUACAAAAGACAUUAAAUCUGAAGAACCUUAUAAUAUCUCCAACGAACAGCAAAGUAAUAUGGAUAUGGAGUUAGAUUUUGAAGUCAAAGAAGAAAAUGACACGGAGGAGUUGCAGUCUGAUGAUGAACUGUUAAGUGUCAUACAAAGAAUAAAAUAUGAAAAUGUUAAAGAUGAAGAAUCUAAAGAAAACGACAACAAGCCAAUGAAAUCAAAAAAAUUGAAGAAGCUCAAGAAAAAACAGGAAACAACCCACCAAGUAUGUGAAGAGUGUGGUAGAACAGUUCGUAACCUGAAGGAACACAUGUACCUUCAUCAGCCACUGCUUACUAGGAAGAGAUACAAAUGCAAAGUGUGCGAGAAAAUGUUCUCAAGUUGCAGCGCCAGGUACAAACAUUAUAAAACAAAACACUUGGGCAUCAAACAACACUGUAACGAAUGUAAUAAAGAUGUAGUAAGUCUCUCAGCACACAGAAUGGUAAUUCACAAUACAGAAUCACUACCAUACGAAUGUGUAUCCUGCGGUCGGAGGUUCAUAUCCCGGUCGUUGAGAGAUCAUCAUAUGUUGACACACACUAAAAAUAGACCGCAUCCCUGUGAUCAGUGCGAGAAGACAUUUAAAAGUAAUUAUACCUUGAUGCAGCACAGAAGACAAGUUCAUGAUAAGGAAAAAUCACAUCUCUGCCAGUUUUGCUCGAAGAGGUUUUUUAAAAAAUAUCAUCUACAGGUACAUUUAAGAAGUCAUUCAAAAGAAAAGCCAUAUGAGUGUCCGGACUGUGGUAAAUUCUUCUCUUCAACUUCAGUAUUGAAAAACCAUAGACUAAUUCAUAGCGAAGUGAAGAUGUUCGCGUGUCAAGUGUGUGAUAUGACGUUUUCAAAACCUGGGUAUUUGAAAAAUCACAUGAUAAGCCACACAAAGGAGAAGAAAUAUGCCUGUAAGUACUGCGGAGUGCGCUUCGGGCGUUCGGACCAUUGUUUGAGGCAUCAGAGGACCGCUCAUGAGAAACUCAUUACAAAUACAGCCUGACAAACAAAAACAGACUAUAUAUGUAUAGUACCAAGGUCUAGAUUAAUGUGAUAAGUUUUAGGUAAUAAAUUGUUAAGGUGAAGGGAAUGGCUUGAAAUUAUUGUAAAGCCAAAAGGACAUUUUAUUUCCGUUUAUGUCUGAAGUUUUAGAAUUAAUGUUUUAUGAAACAUUUUAUAUUGUUGCCGCUUCGUUAUUUAUAUUUGUGGACCAAAUAGCGUAUUUGUUAAUAAUCUAGAAAGUAUCUUAAAUAUUUUUAAAACUAAUUAGGAAAAUAAAAUUUUAUUGAGUUUAAAUAAAUAAAUUGCAAUGGCGAACAA